UCACGUUGUAAGCUUGCCGAACAUUUACACUGUAACACACACAAUAUUAAAGAUUUCCAUUUACUUUUCUUUCGUAAACAGCAACGAUGGACGCUAUCCUGAAGAAGUUGUUUUCUUCUGAAGAUGAAGAGCUGUACAUUUUGGAUUGUUUAUCCUACUUUAUGAUGUUUAUGGCUUUCGUAACUUUCCUCGCUUUACUCUUUGUAAACGUGCCCUAUGGCAGAUAUGCAUCCAGCAGGUAUGGAUUUCCUGUACACGUCACGAUCGCCUGGUUCAUUCAGGAGCUGCCAGCUAUUCUGCUGCCUUUGGCUUUGACUCUAAGUUCUUGUGCAAAAAUAACACACUUGCCCAACCAGCUUCUUCUGCUGAUGUACUUUUGCCAUUAUACUCAAAGGUCCCUCGUCUACCCAUUUUUAAUUCGAGGAGGGAAAGCAACACCAUUCAUCUCAUUUGCUCUAGCCUUUGUCUUCUGCAUCUAUAAUGGGUACCUGCAGACAAGAUACCUGAGUCACUAUGCAGAAUACCCACCAGAUUGGGUUACACGUCCCUAUUUCAUUACAGGGUCUUGUCUGUGGCUCAUAGGAUGGAUCAUUAACAUUCACUCUGACCAUAUCCUCAGGAACCUCCGUAAGCCUGGAGAGACGGGCUAUAAGAUACCUAGAGGAGGCAUGUUUAAUUAUGUGUCUGGAGCAAAUUUCUUGGGUGAGAUUGUGGAAUGGGCUGGAUUUGCUCUAGCUGCUCACUCGAUCCACAGCGCUGCUUUUGCCAUCUUCACUCUUGUUGUGCUGUCCAGCAGAGCUAUUUCUCACCACAAGUGGUAUCUUGCCAAAUUUGAGGACUAUCCAAAAUCAAGAAGAGCAUUAAUACCAUUCGUGUUCUGAUCUCGUGAUAAGCUUCAUCACCACACUCAUUUGACCUUUUUACAGAAUAUAUGAAGUUAAAAUCAGCAUGGUUAUGAGAGAUCUAUGUAAUGUCUCAAUGGAAAGAUCACAUGAGAUACAAAAGGGCCACAUGUGCAUCCAUAUUCUAGAACUUCCCUUUUUAUCAAUCAAUUGCUCCUUCAAGAAUGAAACCUUGUGGUAGAAUAUUGACUGCUGCUGUCACAUUUAGUUACACUGCAUAUGAGAUAUAGGUAACUCUUCAGAAAAGACGAACAUGAUUCAUCUGUUGGACAGCGAGGGCUCAUAAUCCAGCCAUGUUCUUCAGGUGUGUGACAGCACCAAAAGCAUGAGGCGAUGUCAGUAUUGUAUUAACAAAUCUGUAAAAUGUGAUCAAUUUGCCACUACAACUUUAUCUUAAAUGUUUAAUGUUUUCAAGACAAAAUUAUUUUGUGAGUAAAUUAAUGGAAACGAGAACUACAAUAUCAGAGUGAACCUCACUCACAAUUUCACACAUCUGUUUUUGUGUAUAUAUUGUGUUUGUGACAUCAUCUGUUACCAUCGCUGACAUGUCUUGACUUGCUGCAGGUGGGUUCUCAUAUAUCUUCAAUUCGUAAUGCAUUAAACAUGACAAGAGUUAUGCGUGUGAACACUGUCAGCAAGACAAGUGGCUUGUGUUCACUUAUCUCCGUAGUUUUUAAUAACUUAGUUCUUAAACCAGUUGUUUCUGUUUUUAAAUAAUUUGAAAUAAAGACGUUCUACCGUUUUUCCUUAUACCAUAUGUAUCUUUCUAUCCGGCUCUGAUGUAAUUCCACAGACACACUACAGCAACUUUUAUCUAUUGACAUUUGAAUUCCCAAACCCAACUCUGUUCUAGUUCAUUCCCCUCAGGCAUGCAUGGUCAAUCUAGAACGGUUUGAGGUGUCGGUCGGGCAGCGAGCAAUCUGACUGUUCUUCGGGGAAAUAGCCACAGGCAAUGCAAUGAUGAAAUGCCCUUGCAAACCACAUGGCACACCUUUUACAGCAACCAGCAAACCCCUGAUCCAUGGGCUUUAGGCUUGGAUUGAUAGGAGCAUACCAAAUACUAACAUUCAACGCAACAUAUAGUAGUGUGGCUGCCAGUAGUGUGUGGAUGAUGAAGCAUCUCUUCAUGCUCCGCUGCGUAUACUGUGGUGGUGUGACAGCAAUGCAAAGCUGCAGUAAGCGCACGAGAAGUUGGAGAGGGGCUUCCCCCUUUACACACGCUGCACGUGAACUGCAGGCUAAGCGCCUAUUACGUAACCACCGUGGGAGGAGCUGAAAGCUGCAGUUAUUCAUUCUAAAACAACAUGUUACGUGAUCAUUUAUAGUUAAGUAAUUUGUUAUGGAAGGCCGAGAGGGCCAAAACGUGUGAAACUAACGUGUUAACACGUAGUACGCGUUAACGCGCAAUUUACGCGUACGUAAUUACGUGUUAACACGUCGUUUUGUGCAUGCACAUUGGACCACGGAGCUUUACCACCACCUACUGGCGUGGUGGUAUUGCUCAAACAAACAGAACCAACAGACUAGGUUUCUAAAUUGCAAGAUUUUCAUCUCUAGGUGUAGCCUACAGAAUCCACACUGACACUGGGGAAACAUGUAAACUCCACACAGAAAGGCUUUCCGUCCCAGAAGGGGCUCAAACCAGGGUCAGUGUAAAGAUCUCCCAUUAUUGGUAUUGGAAGCUGGUAUACUGAGAUAUCUUUGUGCAUUGUUCUGCAAUGUUUUUCAAGGUUCAGUGAAUCCAUGAACACCUUUUUUCAUUUUGCACUCAAGACACAUAACACCUUUUUUCAAAUUGAAUCACAAUACUAUUAUGUACUAGAAAAUGAAUGA